AUGGCUACCCCUAGUGUCCUAGCUUUUGACGAUGAGGGUCGAGCCAUUGACUUUGAGGUCUGGGUAGACGACCUGCAGUUGUUUUUACAGUGCGAUAGGGCAGACGGCCUCUCUCUCUUUGACCUUACCUCUGGCGCCUCUCCUGCUCCUGCUGCUGAUGCUGAUCCCACUGUGCGCUCUCAGUGGGCCACCCGCGAUGCUGCUGCACGUCUUGCUGUGCGUCGCCACCUCCCUACCUCUGAGCGCGCGCACUUUAGUCAGUACAAGAGUGCUCAGACCUUGUACGACGCUGUAGUUGCGCGCUACUCCUCCCCUGCCACUGCUGCACUGAGCCUCGCGCGCCUCCCUGACUCCCUUCGCGUCGUCAGGGACCACUUUCUCGCAGUCUGUCCCACCACCCUCACCGUCGACCUCCUCGAGAAGGCCCUACUCGCAGCGGAGAAGAGCAUAGUCGCUGUAGGUGCUUCUCGUGGUGACCCUCGCACCCCCAUCUUUGAGGGGUGCUCUCCUUCCCCCUUGCUGCCCUCUGUUGCCUCUGCUGCUGCUGCCGACCUGCUUGGUCUUGAGUCGGUCGGCGCGGCGUCUGCCCCUAGUGGGAGACGUCGCUCCAGCAAGGGCAGGGGGGGCGAGGGCGCGGGUGGAGCUGGAGGGGGCGGUGGCGGUGGCGGCGGUGGCGGCGGAGGGAGUGGGGGUGGCGGCGGGACUAGUGGCGGGGGUGGUGGUGGUGGUGGCAGCAGCGGCGGAGACGGUGGUGGUGGUGCCAGCGGUGGUGGUGGAGGCAGCGGCGGAGGUGGAGGCGGCGAAGGUGGAGGCGGUGGAGGCGGCAACGGAGGUGGCGGUGGUGGUGGAGGAGGUGGAGCUGGUCGGGGUGGUAUCCAACAGCGUAGCGGCGGUGGUGGUGGCCAGCGCUCGCAGCGGCAGCAGCAGCAGCGCUCGCGGGACAUCCCUCCGCCUCAGCAGCUUCGUGAGUGGUACGCUGGGCGUCAGAGGGGUGGGGGUACUGGUCCCUGCACCUACGUUCUUCGUUCCGGCGACCGCGCGGGUGAGCAGUGUGGGGGUGCCCACGCCGCCCAGCGCUGCUUUGGCCGCCUGACGGACGCUUGGCGUCAGCAGUUCCCUGGGGCUAGUGAGAUCCCUCGCUGGGAUGAGCUUCUUAGGGCUGGUGUAGCGAUCUUUGAUCUUGAUUUUGAUGCUAUCCUUGCUGCUAUGUAUGCUGUGACUUAUAGUGAGGAGAAUGAGGGUUACCGGUGUUUCCAGCCCGACCCGGGCAUUGGUACUGCUGCACUAGGUGCUUGUGAGGCUGCUGCUCUAGGUGCCAGUGCGUCUGCGCUCUCAGGUACUGGUGAGACUGCGCUCUCAGGUACUGUGUCGUCCUCGUCCUCCCUCACUUUCACACUUGACUCCGGGGCUUCUCGCUCCUUCUUUCGAGACCGCACUACCCUUACGCCACUCGGCCGGCCGGUUGCAGUCUCCCUUGCUGACCCCUCUGGGGGUCCUGUCCUGUCUCACUUCUCCACUGUCCUCCCGUGUCCGGCUGCCCCUUCGGGCACCCUGUGUGGUCUGUACCUUCCCUCGUUCUCUACAAACUUGGUGAGUGGCGCGGACCUGCAGGAUGUGGGGGUUCACCAGUUCACUCCUGCGAGUCAGCGGGUGACCCACUGCACGGAGGCACGCACAGGCCGACACCUGGCCACGUUCUCGCGUUGGCCGGGGUCGAGUCUCUACACCCUGACCGUUGAGUCUCCUCCUGUCCCUGCGUCUGGUCAGGUGGCUGCGUCAGGUCAGGUGCUUGCUGCUGCGUCCCGGUCAGGACCUUCCUGUGUCCCCUGUGUCGAGGGUCGCCUCCGGGCUACUCCUCACUCCUCCCACUUCCCCCCGACAGAGGCUCCCCUGCAGACGCUUCACAUGGAUGUGUGGGGCCCAGCCCCCGUCCGUGGGCAGGGUCACGAGCGCUACUUCCUGUUGGUGGUUGACGACUACUCGCGUUACACCACAGUCCUCUCCUUGCGCAGCAAGGGUGCGGUCACUGAGGUGCUGAUCGACUGGAUCCGCGAGGCUUGUCUCCAGCUCAGGAAGAGCUUCAGCUCGGACUUUCCUGUUCUGCGUCUGCAGUCGGACAGAGGCGCAGAGUUCUCUUCUCGCCUUCUGCGAGACUACUGUCGUGCACGGGGGAUCCGCCAGACCUUCACGCUUCCGGACUCACCACAGCAAAAUGGGAUUGCUGAGCGCCGCAUUGGCAUGGUCAUGGAUGUCGCUCGUACGUCCAUGAUGCAUGCGGCUGCCCCCCAUUUUAUGUGGCCGUUUGCGGUGAGGUACGCGGCGCAUCAGCUCAACCUUCACCCCCGGGUCUCUCGGCCUGCGAUGUCCCCAGCCUUGCUGUGGACGGGGAAGGUUGGCGAUGCGUCUGUGUUCCGUGUCUGGGGAUCUCGGGCGUUUGUCCGCGACUUGUCUGCGGACAAGCUGUCCCCUCGUGCUGCUCCCUGUGUCUUCCUUGGCUUCCCCACUGACGCCCCAGGGUGGCAGUUUUACCACCCCUCCUCUCGUCGUGUUCUGUCCUCCCAGGACGUCACGUUCGACGAGUCAGUCCCCUUCUACCGUCUCUUCCCCUACCGCACUCCUUCCCUCCCCCCUCCCCCGGACUUCCUUGUGCCGGUUCCCCCCUCGGUAGACCCCCUCCCCCCUCAGGUUCCUGCCCCCUCAGGUGUGUCCCAGGUAGACGCCGUUGACCCGGUCGAGGUUAGUGGUGACUCUGGUGCUGCUGCGGGUGCUGAGCCUGGGGGUGCUGACUUUGGGGGUGCUGUGCGCGGGGGUGCUGAGCCUGGGGGUGCUACUGCUGGGGGUGCUGGGCCUAAGGGUGCUACUGCGGAGGGUGCGGAGCCUGGGGGUGCUGAGCCGGGGGGUGCUGUGCCUGGAGGUGGUGGGUCUGGGGGUGCUGAGUCGGGAGCUGCUGAGCCUGGGGGUGCUGAGCUGGGAGCUGCUGAGCCUGGGGGUGCUGCGUCUGGAGCUCCUGAGCCUAGGGUUUCUCCUGCUGCUGCGUCUCGCCGGGAGCCCCUCUCUCCACAAGAGCUGCGCGAGUGGUUCGCUCGCCGCUGGAGGCGUGCUGCUGAGUCUGGAGGUGCUGCUGGAGCUGGAGCUGGAGCUUCUUCGAUGGUCGAGGGUGCGGGUGCUGCCGGUCCUGGAGCUGCUGGACCUGCGGGUCCACCUGGAGCUGGAACUGCUGAGGGCGUUGGUGCUGAGCCUACUGCUGUUGGUCCUGCCGCUGGAGGUGUGGGUGGCGCUGGUGCUGUCGCUGAGGGUGCUGGUGCUGUCCCUGCUGAGUCUGGAGCUGCCGCGCGGCCUCGGCCGUACUUCGUUCCGCUCCUGCAGCAGGUUCUUGGUCUUUCUCCUCCAGUAGAGGGUCCACCGCCUGUCCAGUCGCAGUCCCAGCUGGAGCCUUCCUCUCCACUGCCUGCUCCCUCUCCUUACACUGGUCCUACUGGAGGUCUUGCUGAGCGUCAUGAGCCUGCGUCUCGUCCCGCGUCGCCUGUUCGUGCUGCUCGCGCUAGUGGUCGCAGUUCGCGUCAGCGUCCUCCUCCUGUCCCUGGCACCCACUGGAUGUCUUUGCGUCCGUCCACUGCUCCUCUGCAUGCCCCUUUGCCUUCUCCUCCUGAGUCCUCUCUUCCUGCGCUUGCCGACCCUGAGUCGGACUCUCUUCGUGCUGCCAGUCCUACUGUCACGCGUCUGCUUGCUACUGUCGUCACUGACCCCUCUUUUGAGUCCACUGCUGCGUCUGCUCUAGUCGCUGAGCUCGUCGACUUUGCUGCUCGCUGUCGUCUCGACUACGCUGCUAGUCUUGUUGCUGAGUCUGCGUCUGUCUGUCCUCCGUCCGUCGGGGGUGAGUGUGCUCUUGGCACGGACGUCCUAGAGGACAGGCAGGAGGAGUUACAGUGUCUAGCGGCUGCUUCACCUCGUCUCGCGUCUGUACUGCUUGCCCCUGAGGGAGACCCGGAUGCACUAGACAUCCCGACUCCGCGUUCUUACGCGGAGGCCGUAGAGGGUCCCUACUCCUCUCAGUGGCAGGCAGCUAUGGAUGCAGAGAUGGCUUCCUGGAAGUCCACAGGCACCUACGUUGACGCGGUUCCCCCUCCUGGGGCGAACAUCGUCAGUGGCAUGUGGAUCUUCAGGGUGAAGCGGCCGCCGGGCUCUCCACCUGUCUUCAAGGCACGGUACGUUGCUCGUGGCUUCAGUCAGCGGCAGGGAGUUGACUACUUUCAGACCUUCUCUCCCACCCCGAAGAUGACUACUCUUCGGGUGCUGCUGCACAUAGCCGCUCAGCGCGACUACGAGCUUCACUCUCUCGACUUCAGCACUGCGUUCUUGCAGGGUAGCCUGCACGAGGAGAUCUGGCUUCGCCGUCCACCUGGCUUCACCGGGACUUUCCCUCCUGGCACCCAGUGGAGCCUCCGACGGCCAGUCUACGGUCUCCGCCAGGCACCGCGUGAGUGGCACGACACACUGAGGACUACGCUUGCGGCCCUUGGGUUUGCUCCUUCUACUGCUGACCCGUCGCUGUUUCUUCGCACCGACACUUCCCUGCCGCCGUUCUACAUCCUCGUGUACGUCGACGACUUGGUCUUUGCCACAGCAGACACUGCUGGACUCGCCUACGUAAAGUCCGAACUGCUGAAGAGACACACGUGCACAGACCUGGGUGAACUGCGCAGCUACCUUGGCUUGCAGAUCACUCGGGACAGAGCACGCCGCACCAUUACCUUGACUCAGUCACACAUGGUGCAGCAGGUCCUUCAGCGCUUCGGCUUCACGUACUCCUUGCCUCAGGCCACUCCUCUGCCUACUCGCCACUCACUCUCAGCUCUGCCUUCAGAUGAGUCCGUAGAGUCGAGUGGUCCGUAUGCAGAGCUUGUUGGCUGCCUCAUGUACCUAAUGACCUGCACACGACCUGACCUUGCAUACCCUCUGAGCAUUCUUGCACGCUAUGUUGCUCCUGGGAGACACAGACCAGAGCACAUGGCUGCAGCAAAGAGGGUAUUGCGCUACCUGUGCAGUACGUCGGGCAUGGGGCUAGUGCUUGGAGGGCGGAGUCCAGUGGUCCUUACCGGCCACGCGGACGCUUCUUGGGCUGACGACCAGGCUACGCAGCGGUCGUCACAGGGUUACACCUUCAGCCUUGGUUCCGGCUCUGUCUCGUGGCGGUCUACUCGCUCGUCUUCGGUUCUCGGCUCCAGUUGUGAGGCUGAGAUCUACGCCGGGGCCAUGGCUGCACAGGAGCUUCGCUGGCUCACCUACCUGCUGACAGACCUUGGAGAGCCGCCUCGUUCUCCUCCAGUGCUGUACGUAGACAACAAGGCCAUGCUGGCCUUGUGUCGAGAGCAGCGCUUGGAGCACAGAACGAAGCACAUUACUCUCCGCUACUUCCUUGCUCGUGAGCUGCAGCAGCGUGGUCAGUUGCGACUUGCGUACGUGGCCUCUGAGGCCAACACUGCUGAUGUGUUCACCAAGGCACUCGCGCCUUGUGACCAUCAGCGCUUUUGCACCCAGCUGGGUCUUGUGCCUGUCUUGCCUCACUUGCUCUCCUCUUGA